AUGGCGGGAGUUAACAAGCCAGGCAAGCCGAAGUCGAAAAGACGUCCCGUUCGCCUCCGGGAGAGCAUCAAGAAAGCGUCGGCCGCCAAGCAGAAGAAGGACCGCAAGGCGGGAAAGAAGAAUCCAGAAUGGCGAUCGAAAUUGAAGAAGGACCCGGGAAUCCCGAACCUGUUCCCGUACAAGGACAAGAUCCUCGCCGAGAUUGAGGAGGGCCGGAGAAGGAAGGCCGAGGAGGCAGAGAAGCGCAGAGCCGAUGCGAAGGCCACCAAGACCGGGGAGAGAAGCGGCGAGCAGGUCGAGCGCGAGGUUGAGGCCCGCAUGGAGGGUGUGGAGGGGGACGAUGCCAUGGAUGAGGAUACGGACGAGGAUCUUGACGAGGAUGCGAACCCCAUGGCGGCCUUGCUGGCGAGCGCAAGAGCUGCAGCUCAGGAGUACGAGGACGACCUUGAAAGCGACGACGAGGUGGGUGAGGAUGACGCGUCGGACUCUGACGAUCAAGAGGCGGGCGUUGAGCUAUCUGGACUGCCCACACGGAAGGAUGGCUCGAGGAAGGCAUUCGACAAGAUCUUCAAGCAGGUGGUAGAGCAGGCCGAUGUCAUCCUCUACGUCCUCGACGCCCGCGACCCCGAAGGGACCCGGUCCAAGGAAGUCGAGCGCAUGGUCAUGGCUGCGGCAAGCGGUGGGAAGCGGCUGAUCUUGAUCCUCAACAAGAUCGAUCUCAUCCCCGCCCCGGUCCUCACGGCAUGGCUCCUCCACCUCCGACGAUACUUCCCUACGAUCCCGCUCCGGGCUUCUGGCCCCGCGCCAAACGCGCACACGUUCAACCACAAGCAACUGACCGUCCAGAGCACAUCCCAGACGCUUUUCAAGGCCCUGAAAUCAUUCGCUGCUGCGAAGCAGCUCAAGCGUGCCAUCUCGGUCGGCGUCAUCGGGUACCCCAACGUGGGCAAGUCAUCCGUCAUCAACGCUCUGACUUCUCGCAUGGGGGGCGGCAGUGCCGCGUGUCCCGUCGGGGCCGAAGCAGGCGUCACCACGUCUCUCCGCGAAGUCAAGAUUGAUAGCAAGCUGAAGCUUCUCGAUUCUCCCGGCAUCGUGUUCCCCAGCGCCGGCGACGGGCGCAAGGUCGCGAAAGAGGAAGAGCAGGCUCGUCUCGUCCUCUUGAACGCCGUUCCACCCAAGCAGAUUGAAGACCCGGUCCCGGCUGUCAACCUGCUGCUGAAGCGCCUGUCGGGCGCGGAAGGCAUGAUGGAUAAGCUGAUGGCUGUCUACGGCCUCCCCCCGCUGAUGCAGACCAACGGAGACCCGACGACGGAUUUUCUCAUCCAGGUGGCGCGUAAGAGGGGACGUCUCGGCAAGGGCGGAGUCCCGAAUCUGAACAGUGCUGCAACGACGGUCAUCACAGACUGGAGAGACGGCCGUAUCCAGGGCUGGAUGGACGCUCCCGUCCUGGCGAUCGCGCCGACCGUCGCGGGUGCCAGUGGUGGUGCCGCCCCUGCAGGCGGUGACCAGAAGGAGAUUGUCACGGAGUGGGCCGCCGAGUUCAAGCUGGAGGGACUCUGGGGUGACGGGAAGGCCGAGGAGGUUGUUGCGGAUGAUGCCAUGCAGGAGUGA